UCCACCUGUCCCUCCUCCCCCCGUCACCGUCGUUUCCACGGAAUCUCUCGGUCUGUCCGCUACCCGUUCCUCGCCGUUCCAGAAGCCGCCACCCUCUCCCCUCGCCCGCCGCGCCGCGCCGCGCCACAGCAGCCAUUUGAGCCUCAACUCCAGGGCAGGCCAAUCCAAUCUCUCCGCAUGGCCUUCGCAAGCUCGCUCCUCCCCGCUCCGGUCUCCCGCGUCCGCGCGAGCACCGCGCCGGAGCUCGCCGCUUUCCCGACCGCCAGGAAGGCCGUAUCCCUCGCAGCCGCGCGCCGCCGGGGAUCCCGGCACGGAGUGAGGGCUGAAGUGAAUGAAUCUGGAAGCACUUUGGCAGUUGAUGCUCUCUCACAAGUUAAACAUGUUCUGCUUCCAGUCACUGAUCGCAACCCUUACCUUUCUGAAGGCACACGACAGGCUGCAGCCACAACCGCUUCUCUAGCUAAGAAGUACGGAGCAAACAUUACUGUAGUUGUUAUUGAUGAUAAACCUAAGGAGUCAUUCCCAGAGCAUGAUACUCAGAUGUCAAGCAUCAGAUGGCAUCUCUCAGAAGGUGGAUUUACGGAGUUUGGACUGAUGGAGCGUCUUGGGGAAGGGAGGAAACCAACGGCAAUAAUUGGGGAAGUUGCUGAUGAGCUGGAGUUAGAUCUGGUUGUGCUAAGCAUGGAGGCAAUCCACUCAAAGCAUGUCGAUGGCAAUCUGCUGGCUGAAUUCAUCCCAUGCCCUGUUCUGCUGCUCCCGCUCUAACAUGCACAUUGAGCAUGCCAUGCUUUCAUGGCAAAUGGUCUGUUUUUCUCAUAUCGCUGCCUAAUGCCUGGAUUGAUGCGUUGUUUCAGAUUUUCAGCUGAUGUGGUUCGGCUUAACUUGUGAUUAUGUGAAUAUUGCUAAGAAAAUGAGAUUUACUCUUUCUUAGGUUUCUGUUUGCAA